CCGCAGAGUAGGACCAGCGACACCAGCCUAAAGACUGAAUUCGAUGGAUUCCCCAAACUAUGGACUAAGCAGCAGAUGGGCGCCCAUGGACGUUCUACACUCCUGGUGAGGGCCAGGCGACAGCGCUCGAAGAUAGGCGUCUCGCACGUAUGGACCACAAGAGCGGUAUCAUGCGCGUCACGCUGGUCGCGGCGGGCGACAGCAACGUCGGCAAGUCGUGCAUGACGCACGCGUACGUGCACCGAUGCUUCCCCGCCGAGUGUCCGCCCACGUCGCUCGACCAGAAGGAGACGCUGCUCCACUGGAACGGCGAAACGGUGCACCUGAGCCUGUGGGACACUCCGGGCUCCAGCUCGUACGACACGCUGAGGCCCCUCGUCUACCCCGAGGCUGACGUAGUCUUGAUCUGCUUUGCGCUAGACAACCGUGCUAGCCUAGUCAACGUCGAGCAGAAGUGGGCGCCCGAGAUUCGAAAGCACCUGCCCAAGGCGCCAAUAAUACUCGUCGGAAAUAAGCAGGACCUUCGAGACACUGAUCCGCAGCCACUGUGUGAAGUGGAUCCAAGGCCAGAUGGCGACUCGUUCGUGAGCACUUCCGAAGGUGAAGCCAUGUUGGAAUGCAUCGGAGGGUCGGCCUACGUGGAAUGCUCAGCACUGAUGGACCAAGGUCUCGAAAAGGUCUUUGGUGCUGCAAUCGACGAGGCACUCAAGCAGAAAACUCAAAAGAAGUGCUGCCCUUGCUGCUGCAGUAUUUUGUAACCGUUUGGUUUGUACAGCUUUCAGUCUUUCGGUAUUAAAAUAUUCACUAGAAAUGAUCUCGACAAAA